AUGGACUCAUCUAGGUCACGGGAUGUUCCACGUUUCUCCAGUUUCCGACCUCCUCUCGCUACUCUGACCGCCGAAACCGACUCGGAAGAUGGAGAACACAGUCGCCAUAGCGGGCGCUCCAGAUUGCCGCGCCGACUUCGUCGUCGCCGGCAACUGAGUAAGCAACGACUUCGUGAUUCGCAGAUAGCGGCAGAAGCUCGCUUGGAGAAUAGCGCGGAACACAAGGAAGAACGCACCGAGGCAAAUGAGACGGGCGUGGAUUUCGUCUUAGACGCUCGAGGUGAUCGCGACAUUGCACGUUAUGGCUCCUCUCGAUAUCAAGUUCCCGCAUACCAUCGUGCCGGUAAUGGGUUUGUUGUUGGUGCCCCCGGCCAGCGUAUUGCUGUCGAAUCUCGGCACGAAGGGACACUUGUACUUCACGAUGCCGCGGGUCGAGCUCCAUCCAAACCUCUCUCUUCCGCCAGUUUAUCCGCCUUGACCGCGGCUUCGCCCCCCCUUGCUCCCUAUGUUCAGUCUACUGGAUCUUCCCAUCCAAUUCCUAUCACCGAGCAUCUGCAGGACUUCAUCUCAACAGAACUUCCACCACAGCCCGGUAUCCUUUCAACCAUCCCCCACCUCGAUGAUCAUAAGCCGUUGCAGAUCUUGGGCGAAUCAGAUACGGGAACCAACUCUCGAAAUUCCAGUGUCAAGCAUACCACGGAGUCUGACAUACUCCAUCGCAAUAACCAGCUAUGGAGGACCGUAAGGCACGACCACACCGACAUCAUAGCAUGGCUGCGUCUUGCCGAGCACCAAGAGAUUGUUAUCACCGGGCCGAGAUAUGAUAACCGUUCCCUCACAUACUCGGAGGCCCAACUUGUGGCCAACUCUAAGUUGUCUGUGUAUGAAAAAGCAAUAAGGAAAAACCACCACAACCCUCAGGUUGACCACCUUAUACUUGGCCGUAUGGAGCUGGGCGCAAUUCUCUGGGAUAGUGCGAAGCUCACCCAGGAAUGGGGAGAAGUACUCGCCCGUCAUCCCGAGUUUAUCAGCCUGUGGAUUGAAUAUCUCAACUACUGCCAAAGAAACCCUGCGGACUUCACUUUCGAGAAGUGCUUCAACAGUUACAUUUACUGUCUGAGUGUCAACUUCCGUGUUGGAUCUGGCUUGUACAAAAAUCAGAUCAGAUCGUACUUGUUGCUGCGUCUGACCCUGUUCUUACGAGAAUCAGGGAACACGGAGUUGGCUGUUGGCUUAUGGCAGGCAGUGCUCGAGUUCACAUGCUUCCGACCUGCUCAUAUUGAAGAUCCACAGCAGGCCCUUGAGGAAUUCGGAAAGUAUUGGACAUCUCAAACUGCGCAUAUCGGAGAUCGUGGCUGGAUUGGCUGGAAUGGAGGUGGGGGUUCUUAUCUCAACAGCAAUGCCGGCAGCAAUGAUUUCGACGUCAAUGCGGAUUUCCCGGACCUUUUCAAAACCUGGGCGCGUGCUGAGAGAGAAAGCAUGGUCAAAUGUCGAGUACCGUCCAGCAAUUUCAAUGCCACUCAAGAAGACGGGUCUCAUCGGGCUGUCCUCGACAUCGAUUUCAAGCAGGUACUCCCUUACUUCCUGGAUUUCAACGACAAUUUCCAACCCUUGGUGAAUGGUUUCUUGUACUUCUGUCAUCUUCCUUCAUUGGCAACGGAACAAAACAUACGAGACACUCGACUGUGGAGUGGGGAUAACUUCCUUCGAAAUGAAUUUAUGGACGACCCUCGGAACACGAUUGCGGAUUGGAUCAAGUUGCAGAACGAUCGCGAAACGACUGCUAUCAAACCCUUCGAUUUUCCACAUCAGAACUUCAUCCAAACUAAAGACACACUUUUCGCGGAUCCAAAGAAUUGGUUCUCUUCCCUGUCAAAGUGGGCCGAGACCACCUCUCAUGCGUCCUCGGUUGUCGAUCCCGACUUUGUCCGGCGUGUGCUCUACGGUCUAGUUGAUAACUUCGAGGACCAAGCGUUGGCUGAAUAUACCCUCGCUAUCACUUUUGCGUGCAACAAUAAUCGGGCCAAGCAAUAUGCAAAGCAUCUUUUACGCAAACGAUCAUCUGACCUGAGGCUUUACAAUGCCAUCGCACUCAUCCAUUGGCGCACCGGGGAUCACUCAUUCGCUGUUAAGGUCUGGGCAAAUGCCUUGGCGAUGUCCCAGAACUCUGACACUGAAACUCUCAACUCAUCCGCGGCGCUCUGGAGUUCUUGGAUGUGGGAAUUGCUCGAUGAUGGCCAAGACAAGCGUGUAGCCUAUCUGUUGCAGGCAAUGCCUCACGAAACAGUUGACAUUCUGUCAUAUGGCACAGCUGAUGACACAGAACUCAGCCCCGCCCAUUUCCUCAGACUCCAAAACUACUUGGUCACGGCACAGCAAAAUGCCUUCGCGCUCAAUGAUGCCCAGGCAUACUCAUCAUACACUGAUUGCCACGCCAUUGCACUCUAUCUCAACGGCCAGUCGCUUCGGUCGAUCAUUGGUAUCUACGAUGCUGCGGUCAUAUCUCUCAAUGCCCUGGAGGAAGAUGUGAAGAUCUUCACUGGUGAGCUACUUCAUCAAGCCAGGGCCCGUUUCAUCUAUUUGUGGGUGGAUAAGAAGAAAGGCCAAUUCAAGCCUUAUGAGAUUCGUGGACUGUUUCAUGAAAGCUUGCUUUGGUAUCCGCACAACACGAUGUUCCUAUCGUUGUUCAAAUGGAACGAUGCGCGAGUGAGCCCCGUCAACCGCACCCGUGACAUUCUUUCGGUUACUACCGGCAGAGCCACGAAUAGGCCCAACGUAUCGCCCCACACCCACCGGGUGCCCAUCACCACUCAUCUCUUUAGCAUUUACGUUGAGAUGGGGCGCCCGGUCGUCUACGGAUCGACCACCCACUCAACUCGAGCGGCGUUCGAGCGAGCGAUUGGUGAUUCGACAACCUCCGUCGGAAGUACCCCGACCCGUCACCACCCGUACGAGGUUUACAGCUCGGUUUCAGCUCAGAGCAACCUUACGGUGUGGCGGCUGUACAUCUUGUUCGAGCUGUACGGAGAGCGCGAUGUCUCUCGCGCCUGUGAGAUCUAUCACCGGGCAGUACGCGCCUGCCCAUGGUCAAAGGAGCUGUACAUGAUCGCGUUCGAGCACCUGCGCGCCGAUUUGACCGCGGCGCUUCCCCCAUGCCGGACCAACUUUAAGGUGGAGGCUAAACACCCGGGGUUCAGCGACUCUGAUCUUCGGGCACUGUACUCAGUGAUGUUGCAGCGUGGGUUCCGGAUUCACCAUCAUGUGGAGGAGUUCUGGGUGCACCAGAGGGCAGGGAGUGAGAUGUCGUAA